AUGGGUGAAUAUGAUGGUCUUGUAGAUUUAUUGGAUAGUGAUUUGGAAUAUUCUGUGAAGGAUGGAACUCCUGAUGGAAAUAAUUGCUUUACUCAGUCAAGUUUUAAUGAUUCGCACCUAACGUCAAGAAAUGGCGACUUGAAUGCGAGGUCCUUUCUGUCUACGUUAAGUGAUGAUUCCUUAAUUGAAUAUGUCAAUCAGCUGUCCCAAACCAAUAAGAACAACUACAAUUUAACUGCAGGAGCCUCAAGAUUUUCUACUAUAAAGGUUGACUGUGAUGAUUUGCACACUGACCUUAGCAGUAGCGAAGAUUCACCCAUUGCUCAUAGCGUUGUUGAAGUUCAAGAAAGUGAUAACAAUAGUGAUGACAUUAAAAAAAAUACUGUGUAUACUAGAGAGAUUUAUUUCCGAGACAAGGCCCAAGGACAGAGUGUACAAGAUCAAAUGCUAAGAGAACAAUAUAAAGAUCGAAUUUCCAGCCAGAACAAGAAAAUAUUCAAGAACUGCGUCAUCUAUAUAAAUGGUUACACAAAACCUGGCAGGCUGCAACUACAUGAAAUGAUAGUUUUACAUGGUGGAAAGUUUUUGCACUACUUGUCUGCAAAGAAAACAAUUACUCAUAUAGUGGCUUCCAGUUUACCAUUAAAAAAAAGGAUUGAAUUUGCAAAUUACAAAGUAGUUAGUCCGGAUUGGAUAACAGAUAGUAUUAGGGAAGGAAGGUUGAUGCCCUGGAAAAUUUACUCCUUGACAGCCAAACUUGAUGAGCAACAAAAAAAGUUGGAUAAUUGUAAAACGGUAAAAUCCAUGCCGUUCUCGCUAAAAUCCAGCCAGGAUAAAACACCUACAGAUAUACGCUCGGCAUUGCUACCAGUAGAACCGCCACCAUUGACAGACCUUCAUAGUUUAGAAUCAAAAAAGAUAGUAGACUGUAAUGAUCCGAACUUUCUUACUUCUUACUUUGCUCAUUCGAGGCUACAUCAUCUUUCUGUAUGGAAAGCCAAUCUGAGGGAUAAAUUUCUGAAUGAGAACAUUAAUAAUUACACCAAGAUUACAAAAAAGGACACCUAUACUAUAUUCCACAUUGAUUUUGAUUGUUUUUUUGCAACUGUUGCGUAUCUAUGUAGAAGUGCUUGUUUCUCCGCAUGCGACUUCAAAAAAGAUCCUGUAGUGGUGUGCCAUGGUACUAAAAAUUCAGAUAUAGCUAGUUGUAAUUAUGUGGCAAGGUCUUUCGGAAUUAGGAAUGGUAUGUGGGUUUCUCAAGCAGAAAAAAUGUUGCCAAAUGGAAUCAAACUAAUAUCAUUGCCGUACAAUUUUGAGGAAUUUCAAUUAAAAUCUGAAGCGUUCUACAAUACUCUGAAGGAGUUGAACGUAUUCAAUUUAAUAUUACCCAUUUCCAUUGACGAAGCUGUUUGUGUCAAAGUAAUCUCAAAUGAUGCUCAUAAUAGUAGGACUUUAAAUUCGAUUCUAUGCGAGGAAAUACGCCAUGAAGUGUUUCAGAAGACCAGUGGUUGCACGGUAAGUAUUGGAUGUUCUGAUUCUCUAGUGCUAGCAAGACUAGCUCUGAAAAUGUCGAAACCGAAUGGUCACAGUAUUACGUUCAAAAGUGAUAUAUCUGAAAAAUUUUGGUCCAAUUUCAAGCUAGAUGAUUUACCUGGGGUCGGCCGUUCUAUUCUUUCAAAAUUAGAAUCAACGUUCGACAGUCCACCCUCUUUGAAUGCUUUAAGGAAACGAUAUACUUUAGAUAGUUUGAAGGCAAGCGUAGGCUCCAAGUUGGGCAUGAAAAUUCAUCUUGCACUACAGGGCCAAGAUGAUGAGGAAAGCCUAAAGAUACUAUAUGAUCCCAAAGAAGUUUUGCAAAGGAAAUCAUUAUCAAUAGAUAUCAAUUGGGGCAUCAGGUUUGAAAAUAUAACUCAAGUAGAUUUAUUCAUAGAAAGAGGAUGUCAAUAUCUCCUGAGGAAAUUAAACGAAAUUAGCAAAACUGCGUCUCAAAUCACAUUAAAACUCAUGAAAAGGUGUAAAGAUGCUCCUAUUGAACCUUCUAAAUACAUGGGUAUGGGAAGAUGUGACCCGUUCAGUCGUAGCAGCAGACUAGGUAUUCCAACGAAUGAGUUUGGGAUUAUUGUUACCGAGAUGAAAAGUUUGUAUCGAAGUUUAGGCUGUCCCCCGAAGGAAUUAAGAGGCAUAGCUUUACAAUUCAACAAAUUAAUCGAUGCAGAUUCGGGGAAAAACCAGCUAAAACUGAGAUUGCCAUUCAAAACAAUAGUGACGAACAGAGCAUUCGAGGACUUACCAGAAGAUGUAAAAACUGACAUUAACAACGAGUUUGAUAGGAGAAAUUACUUGAGAAAUGAAUCUGGAUCAGCUUCAAACUUGCUGAGCCCCAAAAAAAAUAGAUUUGCAUUUUUGAGAACAUCGAACACAAACGACUUGCCCAGCACUAUGGAAGAACAAUUCAUGAGUGAACUACCCACUCAAGUUCGAGCAGAAGUAAGGCACGACUUAAGGAUUCAGAAAAAAAUCCGACGAACGAAGUUGGGAAACUUACACGAAAAAAUUAAAAGAAGAGAAGAAAACUUGCAAAACGAGAAAAAUCAUUUCGUGGGUCAUAAUAGUAUUUUCAAACCAAUCAAGUUCCAGAACCUGACCCGAUUCAAAGAGAUUUGUAAGUUAGUGACGCUAUGGGUCGCCGAAACCUUGGGUGAUGGGGGCCCACACGAGAAAGAUGUUAAAUUAUUUGUGAAAUAUUUAAUUAAACUUUGUGAUUCCAAUAGAGUUCAUCUGGUUCUUCACUUAUCGAAUCUAAUAUCAAGAGAGUUGCAUAUUCGUGCCUCUUCAAACCAGGACCAUUCCGGUUUCCAAACGUGGGAAAGAAUCUUACUCAAUGACGUAAUUCCACUUUUAAACAGAAACAAGCAUACAUUCCAAACUGUGCGUAAGCUUGACAUGGACUUCGAAGUAUAA